CGCGCCCGGCUCCCGGCUGUCCCCGCCCGGCGUGCGGGCCGGUGUAUGGGCCCCUCACCAUGUCGCUGAAGCCCCAGCAACAACAACAACAGCAGCAGCAGCAGCAGCCGCAGCAGCAGCAGCAGCCGCAGCAGCCGCCGCCGCCCGCGGCCGCCAAUGCCCGUAAGCCCGGCGGCAGCGGCGGCCUUCUCACGUCGCCCGCCGCCGCGCCGUCGCCGUCCUCAGUCUCGUCGUCCUCGGCGGUGGCUUCCUCCUCGGCGGCGGCGAGCGCAGGCGGCGGGCGGCCCGGCCUGGGCAGAGGUCGAAACAGCAAAGGACUGCCUCAAUCCACGAUUUCUUUUGAUGGAAUCUAUGCAAAUAUGAGGAUGGUUCAUAUACUUACAUCAGUUGUUGGAUCCAAAUGUGAAGUACAAGUGAAAAACGGAGGUAUAUAUGAAGGAGUUUUUAAAACAUACAGUCCUAAGUGUGAUUUGGUACUUGAUGCUGCACAUGAGAAAAGUAUGGAAUCCAGUUCGGGGCCAAAACGUGAAGAAAUAAUGGAGAGUAUUUUGUUCAAGUGUUCAGACUUUGUUGUGGUACAGUUUAAAGAUAUGGACUCCAGUUAUGCAAGAAGAGAUGCUUUUACUGACUCUGCUAUCAGUGCUAAAGUGAAUGGUGAACACAAAGAGAAGGACCUGGAGCCCUGGGAUGCAGGUGAACUCACAACCACAGAGGAACUGGAGGCUUUGGAAAAUGAUGUAUCUAAUGGAUGGGAUCCCAAUGAUAUGUUUCGAUAUAAUGAAGAAAAUUAUGGUGUAGUGUCUACAUAUGAUAGCAGUUUAUCUUCAUAUACGGUACCCUUAGAAAGGGAUAACUCAGAAGAAUUUUUAAAACGAGAAGCAAGGGCAAACCAAUUAGCAGAAGAAAUUGAAUCAAGUGCCCAGUACAAAGCCCGGGUGGCCCUGGAAAAUGAUGAUAGGAGUGAAGAAGAAAAAUACACAGCCGUUCAGAGAAAUUCCAGUGAACGUGAGGGCCACAGCAUAAACACUAGGGAAAAUAAAUAUAUUCCUCCUGGACAAAGAAAUAGAGAAGUCAUAUCCUGGGGAAGUGGGAGACAGAAUUCACCGUGUAUGGGCCAGCCUGGAUCGGGCUCCAUGCCAUCAAGAUCCACCUCUCACACUUCAGAUUUCAACCCGAAUUCUGGUUCAGACCAAAGAGUAGUUAAUGGAGGUGUUCCCUGGCCAUCGCCUUGCCCAUCUCCUUCCUCUCGCCCACCUUCUCGCUACCAGUCAGGUCCCAACUCUCUUCCACCUCGGGCAGCCACCCCUACACGGCCGCCCUCCAGGCCCCCCUCGCGGCCAUCCAGACCCCCGUCUCACCCCUCUGCUCAUGGUUCUCCAGCUCCUGUCUCUACUAUGCCUAAACGCAUGUCUUCAGAAGGGCCUCCAAGGAUGUCCCCAAAGGCCCAGCGACACCCUCGAAAUCACAGAGUUUCUGCUGGGAGGGGUUCCAUUUCCAGUGGACUAGAAUUUGUAUCCCAUACCCCACCAAGUGAAGCAGCUGCUCCUCCAGCAGCAAGAACUAGUCCUGCAGGGGGCACAUGGUCAUCAGUGGUCAGCGGGGUUCCAAGAUUAUCCCCUAAAACUCACAGACCCAGGUCUCCCAGACAGAACAGUAUUGGAAAUACUCCUGGUGGGCCAGUUCUUGCUUCUCCUCAAGCUGGUAUUAUUCCAGCCGAAGCUGUUGCUAUGCCCGUUCCAGCCGCGUCUCCUACGCCUGCCAGUCCUGCAUCCAACAGAGCUGUCACCCCGUCUAUUGAGGCUAAGGAUUCCAGGCUUCAAGAUCAGAGGCAAAAUUCUCCUGCAGGGAAUAAAGAAAAUGUGAAGCCCAAUGAGACAUCACCUAGCUUCUCAAAGACUGAAAAUAAAGGUAUAUCACCAAUUGUUUCUGAACAUAGAAAGCAGAUUGAUGACUUAAAGAAGUUUAAGAAUGAUUUUAGGUUACAGCCAAGUUCUACUUCUGAAUCUAUGGAUCAACUAAUAAACAAAAAUAGAGAGGGAGAAAAAUCAAGAGAUUUGAUCAAAGACAAAAUUGAACCAAAUGCUAAGGAUUCUUUCAUUGAAAAUAGCAGCAGCAAUUGCACCAGUAGCAGCAGCAAACCGAACAGUCCCAGCAUUUCCCCUUCAAUCCUCAGUAACACGGAGCACAAGAGGGGACCUGAGGUCACAUCCCAAGGGGUUCAAACUUCCAGUCCAGGAUGUAAACAAGAGAAGGAUGAUAAAGAGGAGAAGAAAGAUGCAGCUGAGCAAGUGAGAAAAUCAACUUUGAAUCCUAACGCAAAAGAGUUCAACCCUCGUUCCUUUUCUCAGCCAAAGCCUUCUACCACCCCAACUUCACCUCGUCCUCAAGCACAGCCCAGCCCAUCCAUGGUGGGCCACCAACAGCCAGCUCCAGUUUACACGCAGCCUGUUUGUUUUGCACCAAAUAUGAUGUAUCCAGUCCCAGUGAGCCCAGGCGUGCAACCUUUAUACCCUAUACCUAUGACGCCCAUGCCAGUGAAUCAAGCCAAGACAUAUAGAGCAGGUAAAGUACCAAAUAUGCCCCAGCAGCGGCAGGACCAGCAUCAUCAGAGCACCAUGAUGCACCCAGCCUCCGCGGCGGGCCCGCCGAUUGUGGCCACCCCACCAGCUUAUUCCACACAAUAUGUUGCCUAUAGUCCUCAGCAGUUUCCAAAUCAGCCUCUCGUUCAGCAUGUGCCACACUAUCAGUCUCAGCAUCCUCAUGUCUAUAGUCCUGUGAUACAGGGUAAUGCUAGAAUGAUGGCGCCGCCAGCACAUGCCCAGCCUGGUUUAGUGUCUUCUUCAGCAACUCAGUACGGGGCUCAUGAGCAGACGCAUGCGAUGUAUGUUUCCACUGGCUCCCUUGCUCAGCAGUAUGCGCACCCUAAUGCUACCCUGCACCCACAUACUCCGCACCCUCAGCCUUCAGCUACCCCCACCGGACAGCAGCAGAGCCAGCAUGGUGGCAGUCAUCCUGCACCCAGUCCUGUUCAGCACCAUCAGCACCAGGCCGCCCAGGCGCUCCAUCUGGCCAGUCCACAGCAGCAGUCAGCCAUUUACCACGCGGGGCUCGCACCAACCCCACCUUCCAUGACCCCUGCCUCCAAUACGCAGUCGCCACAGAAUAGUUUCCCAACAGCACAACAGACCGUCUUUACAAUCCAUCCUUCUCAUGUUCAGCCGGCAUACACCAAUCCUCCCCACAUGGCCCACGUACCUCAGGCUCAUGUACAGUCAGGAAUGGUUCCUUCUCAUCCAACUGCCCAUGCGCCAAUGAUGCUAAUGACGACACAGCCACCCGGCGGUCCCCAGGCCGCCCUCGCUCAAAGUGCACUACAGCCCAUUCCAGUCUCGACAACAGCGCAUUUCCCCUAUAUGACGCACCCUUCAGGUGAGGCGUGUGUGUGCAGGGGCCGCCGGGCACCCCAAAGCAUUCUGCUCGCACAGAUCGAACGGCAGGCAGGGCCAGCGCUUCAAGCCCCGCAUUCGAGAACUAGGAAGACCCGUCAGAGUGUGCACAGUAGGGACUGUGAUGAUAAGUUCAGUGUCAGGGCCUGAGGCUUCCAGGAGCCGAGUCUGUGUGUGUUCUGAUGGUAUACAGGAUUUGGCUUGAUGAGAAGCAGCAGCAGCAUUCUGUGUGGCUGACGCAUGCUUAGGACUCAGUUGGCCUUCCUUGUUACAAUAGGCUGGACAGGGCAGCGUUCGCCUUCCUUAGUCCCCCCCGCCCCCCGCCCCCAGUCUGACGGGGGUGGUUACCACCAUGGCAGAGUUUGAUUGUAGCUCUGGAGAAGACUACUGAUGAGAAAGUGUGCUGUGUGUGGACUGGUUUUGAGUGUAGCCUUAGCUCCAGCCUAUGCCCUGACAGGGAGAGAAGGCCCCGUGAUUGUGCUCUAACACUUGAUGGCUGCCAUGGCGAUAUUUCAGUCUAACCUGUUACUCUGAAAUCAAUACUGGUGCUUGGCUAGUAUCUGGGGAGGGGGUAUGUUAAGGCCUUUUUCUCUACCCCAUGAGCAACAAAUCUUCUGGGAGUUUUACCUGAAGUGGUUUUACAUCUGACUGGUUUGUUUCUACCCACCCACCUACCCCUCCCCUUUUUGGUGCAGAUGGGAGGGGGAAGAAUGAAUUGAAUUUUGAGUCUUGUUCAGCUAGCACAAGGAUAGUUUACAGGCGUGUGCUGCAGAGACACUAGGCUGAUUUGCGGUGUUGCCAGUUUUCUGUUUAAAUAUCCACUUUUCUUUCUUACAGUACAAGCCCACCACCAACAGCAGUUGUAAGGCUGCCCUGGAGGAACCGAAAGGCCAAAUUCCCUCCUCCCUUCUACUGCUUCUACCAACUGGAAGCACAGAAAACUAGAAUUUCAUUUAUUUUGUUUUUAAAAAAUAUAUGUUGAUUUCUUGUAACAUCCAAUAGGAAUGCUAACAGUUCACUUGCAGUGGAAGAUAUUUGGACCGAGUAGAGGCAUUUAGGAACUUGUGGGCUGUUCCAUAAUUCCAUAUGCUGUUUCAGAGUCCCGCAAGUACCCCAGCUCUGCUUGCUGAAACUGGAAGUUAUUUAUUUUUUAAUGACCCUCGAAAGUCAUGAACACAUCAGCUAGCAAAAGAAGUAACAAGAGUGAUUCUUGCUGCUAUUACUGCUAAAAAAAAAAAAAAAAAAAAAAAAAAAAUCAAGACUUGGAACGCCCUUUUACUAAACUUGACAAAGGUUCAGUAAAUUCUUACCGUCAAAAUGACGGGUUAUUAUUUAUAAAUCAAGUUUGAUGGAGUGAUCACUGUCUACAGUGGUUCAACUUUUAAGUUAAGGGAAAAACUUUUACUUUGUAGAUAAUAUAAAAUAAAAACUUAAAAAAA